CGGAGACAAUUUCAUCACUUAAAAACUGACCAAUCAAUUCAAAGCAAUCAAGUGUCAACAAGUGAUUAGCACCCACACACAGAGAGAGAGAGAGAGAGAGAGAGAGAGAGAGAGAGAGAGAGAGAAUCAAAUCCCCUCAACACGUCGAGUGGCCGUAAUCAAUUAAUCAAUCAAUCAAUUGGUCGAUUGAUAAGAGCAGAGGAUAGCCGUCCGUUUAUUCCGCCGCCAGCCAAGUCUAUUGGCGGGAAGCGUGUAACUCUCCCGCGGCCCGCGCCUUGUAGCGCCAUUUCGCGCUGGAAAUUGGCGGGAAGAAGGAUCUCCCCGCUUCUUUUUUGGCGCCAAUUUUACGGCGGCGGCUUCGCCUUCGGCUUCAGCUUCGACAGCAAUGGCUGCCGCAAUUAAUUCGGUGAAAACGUCGGCCACCAGCGCGUGGAGAGUGCUCUCCACUCAUGGGGGAUCGCUGUACAAGCGCGUUCUUGAGAAGAAUGCGGAGUAUGUAGUCCACGAGCCUACCGUUGAAGUGUGCCAAGAUUUGGCCAAACGACUCUUCUACACGAGGCUUGCCAGCAUUCCGAACAGGUACAAUGCAUUGCAAAAGGAGGUGGAAGUAGUGAGGUCCAAGUGGGCUAAUCGGGCGGAGCUAUCAGUUGAGGAGGUGGCGGUGGCGGCGUUGUUCGCCGGCGAAUGUUAUGCCUGGUUUUGUGUAGGCGAGAUCGUAGGAAGGGGGGGUACUCUGACUGGCUACAAAGUGUGAAGCAGAUCGAUUGAUUGAUUGCUUGAUUGAUUGCUUGUUUGAUUAAUUGAUUGGUUGAUUGGUUGAUUGAUUGAUUGGCUGAUUGAUUGCGUGAGAGAACGCAUGCCUGGUAGUCAAUUGCGAUGGAGUGGAGUGAGAGAAGGAAGGAGGGAGGGAAGGAGAGGGAGGGAGGGAGGGACGCGUGGCACUCCGUCUCACGGAGCUUGAUUGAUUAGUUGAUGGGUAUGAUGAUGAUGAUGCAUCUCACGUUGUUGAUCUUUUGGUCGGUUAAUUGGUAAUGAUGAUGAUGAUGAAUGAUGAAUGAUGAAUGAUGAUGCAUCUUCGUCUCUCGGAAUUGACACGUGUCGGGCAGGGAGCGUAGACCAACGUAAACACGUUUAAGAUAAGGAUGGAAUUCGCUCUCGCCGCUUUCCUCCGCCUCUUUGCCUCCUUCCCCCUCGUUCUCCCCCUCUCCUCCCUCUCUUCCCCCCAACUCCCGACCCCGUCCUCCCCUCCCUUCCCUCCCCCCCCUCCCUUUCCCCCUCCCCCGUCGACUAUUUUUCUCCCAGUUGCUUCUGCGCGAAUCAGCACUCCUCUACUUCCUCCCCCGGUGACCGAGGGAUCUAGUUGGCGGGGGGCAGGCAACGAGGAGAGGGGUGGGGAGGGGGUGUUUUUGCCGUUUUGGCGGGAAAUGGGGUGCGGAAGGGUGUCCAGAAGAAAGGGGGGAGGGGGGGGGGGGGGGGGGGGAGGGGUGUAUAUCCUCCAUUGAGGGGGUUGACUUAGCGAGAUGACGAUGUAUGUACCCCUUGAUCUCCUUGAUGGCUGUCCCUUGAUGGCCAGAAGAAAGGCCAUGAACUCUGUGAUUUGUUCUUUGUUCUCAUGCAUGAUACACGUAAGCCUUCUUGAGUAUGACCUUGUGGGGCGGCAUUUUGGGCGAAGAUGACAUACUUCCGUGCUGAUGAUGAAAUAUAAAAGA